GAGAAAGGGGAGCUGAGAGCUGCUCCUUCAGCUGCUGGAGGUGAAAAAGAGGCAGAUAAGAGGGGAAUCUCUAGUUUUGAUAACCUGGAUCCAUGAGUGGAGUUUCUUGAGGACUCCUGCUGUUUCUUGGAGUCUUGCAACAUGCGGUUCGCUAGUGAGACCCAACAGAUAUUAUGCAUUAAUACAUCCAUUAGAUCACAAUGUCUUGUGAUUUGUGUUAAUUAAAAGUUUUAAAUUUUUUUCUUUUAGGAUGCUAUAGUAUUUUGCACUCUGACACACAGACAGUCUUGUGAACUUUGCAUCUAUUAACGACACCUUAUGAUGGAUAUCCAGGCUGCUAAACUUUAGUUUAAAUGUUUGUCAAAUUACUCCACCUGUCUCAACAUCAAUAAUAAAUUCCCUAAAAAUUCUGUUGUCUAAGAUUUCUUGGUUAUAUUAAAGACACCUGAUAAGAUAAGAUCUGCACUCAAUGCAUUUUUAAGAGACUACAUACUUUUUCUCUGAUUUGCUACUUUCUUAUAGAGACCAGUUUUAAUUGUGUACAGGACCCAUUUCCCUUUAUUUACAUGCAACUGUAUACAAUGGACCAGUUAGAUGCCUUUUAUUCCCACUGCACUUUGUAUUGUUGAUUUUACUCUGUUUACACUCUGAACAUCCAAUCUCUGUCUAAGGUUACUGAAAGACAGAGGAAGUUUUGCAUGUAUGUUAUCAUAUUGCUGCAUGUUGUUGCUCAUGAGUGAUUCCCAUUACCUUAAGGGCCAUCUUGCUAUGGCAGGACAGAGGUCUUGUUUGUCAGGGAAAAGUAGGUGUGGUCUGUGACUGGUUAUGUACCUUCGUACAGACUUGGCAUCACAGAUUUUUUUCUUCCUUUUUUCUUUCUGUUGUGUAAUGUUAGCGGUACAACCCACAAAAGGAUUAAAUCCAGUAUGAAGAGGCAUUAUAAAAGCACCGGUGUGCAGAUGAAGAAAAUCCUGAGGCACAAACCUUUCCACUCUGACUUUCCUCUUCCUGUUGCUGCUGCUGCUGGUGGUUUGACUCGUUCACCAUGUGGCUUUACAACUUUUUACUGGGAUUUGACCUCAAAGGGAUAUUGCUCGUUUUUUUUCUCUUCCUACUGAUAGCACACUUCCUCAGAAACAGGAAUCCUCCAAAUUAUCCCCCAGGACCGCGGGGUCUCCCAUUGGUGGGGAAUUUCUUCAAUUUGGACAAAGAUCUACACAUUUAUUUUACCAAGCUGGCUGAUGUCUAUGGGAACGUGUUCGGCAUCAACCUUGGCAAUGACAAGUUGGUGGUUGUGUCUGGGUGCAAGAUGGUAAAGGAAGCCGUGGUGACACAGGCCGAGAACUUUGUGGAUCGACCAUACAGUGCAGUUGCUGACAGGUUUUACUUAGGAACCUCAGGUGGUCUGUUCAUGAGCAAUGGUGACUCAUGGAAGAGACAGCGGCGAUUCGCCUUGUCUACCUUACGAAACUUUGGCCUGGGCAAAAGUAUCAUGGAGCAGAGCAUCUGCGAGGAGAUCCGGUACCUGCAAGAGGAGAUAGAGAAGGAGAAAGGUGAACCUUUCAACCCAGCAGGUCUCUUCAACAACGCUGUAUCCAACAUCAUUUGCCAGAUGGUGAUGGGGAAACGGUUUGACUACAGCGACCACAACUUCCAGAUCAUGCUGAAGUAUUUGUCUGAAGUUAUCAUGCUGGAGGGCUCAAUAUGGGGUCAACUCUAUGAGGCCUUGCCUGGUGUGAUGAAGCACUUGCCUGGCCCUCACAACAAAAUGUUCAGCCACUUCAAUGACAUCCUUGACUUCAUCAGUCAGGAGGUACAGAGGCAUAAGCAGGACCUGGACCACAGCAAUCCCCGGGACUACAUUGACAGUUUCCUCAUCGAAAUGGAGAAUCGCAAAGAGUCUGAUCUGGGCUUCAAUGAGAUCAAUCUGACUAUGUGUUCUGUGGAUCUGUUCCUGGCUGGAACAGAGACAACCUCCACCACUUUGCAAUGGGCUUUGGUUUACCUCAUCAAAAACCCUGACAUCCAGGAGAAAGUCCAGGCAGAAAUAGAUAGAGUGAUUGGAGAAACCCGCCUGCCCACUAUGGCGGACAGACCCAACCUGCCCUACACUGACGCUGUCAUCCAUGAGAUCCAGAGGAUGGGAAACAUUGUUCCUCUCAACGGAUUCAGAAUGGCCGCCAAAGACACGACACUUGGCGGUUACUUCAUACCCAAGGGUACCUCAUUGUUGCCCAUGCUGACCUCUGUGCUGUUCGACAAGACAGAAUGGGAGACUCCAGACACUUUCAACCCAGGACACUUCCUAGACGCUAAUGGAAAGUUUGUAAAGAGAGAAGCAUUCCUGCCUUUCUCUGCAGGUAAACCACACUCAACUCAAUGUUACACAUGAUUUGACCCAGAACAUCGAUUGUUAUCUUUUAAACCAACGUGUGUGUGUUUGUGAACUCCUCAGGGAAACGUGUGUGUCUCGGAGAAGGGCUGGCCAAGAUGGAGCUGUUCCUGUUUUUGGUGGGUUUAUUUCAGAAGUUCUCUUUCUCUGUUCCUGAUGGAGUAGUGUUAAGUACAGAAGGAGUUACUGGAACCACACGUGUACCGCACCCCUUCAAGAUUUAUGCUAAGGCUCGCUGAAUUAUGCAACAUCUCAUUUUUAUCUAACCAGCAACCAUACUAACCAAAACAUUUUAGGAGAGUAAGCUUUGUCUCAACCUUUGUCUGUUGUAUGAUUUUCUCAUGUCAUGAGGACCUGGUCAUUUUCUGCUCUGUACAUUAAAUUCUGUGUGAUACAGUUAUUAUACAUAAAAAGAUUAUUGUGGUGAUUCUACACUUUGUCCUUGUAAUUAUUAAUGGCAAGAUGUAUACAUUUUCUUAUACUAUUCUUUAUAGUAAUGAUGCCUUUUAGGGUAAU